AUACGUACAUAAGGCACCAACAUGCUCAUUCAGAUUCAAAAAUGGGUGCCAGAAACCAUUGCAGUAUAAAUUUCUUGUUGUUGCUAUUGUUGUCAGUUCUAGUUUCCAAAUGUUCGUCGAUUCGGUUUGGUCCCGUCGUCGUACACGUACAGAAUGAUAUCGAAGGUUAUGAAGCUGCGUUGGAGUACCAUUGCUUUUCCGAUAAUGACGAUUUAGGUCAGCGUAUUCUGCAUCAAGAGGAGGUGUACGUUUGGUCAAUGCGGACUCCUAUGCCUUCCCAUGUUCUGGCGCCGGGAGAACAAAUCUUGGUAUCGGGAAGGCCCCUGAUUAUAAGGGAUGUGCCGGCCCAGGCUGGUGGUAUAACAACGUCUACUGCGUUGCCUGAUUAUGGCUGUAUAGAUGCCUGUAAAAAUGCAUAUGGGGUCAACUAUGUUUUCAGAGUGAGCAUCUGCAGUGUCAGUAAUGUUGUUAAUUGGUGUUUCUGUUGUGGUGGUGAUAUGGUGUUGCGGCCGAAGGAGCCCUAGGUGGGACAAGAUCUCACUUCCGUUUUAGUCAUCCAUAGAUUAAUUAGAGAGAUUGCGAAUUAGUUUUUAUGAAGUUCGAACUCUCGACUUCCAUAGAUCUAGCUAGCUUUUGUGCUGGUUUGGUAUCAUCUUGGGUUUGGUUUUUUUAGUUUUCUUUGUUUUGUUGUUAGUUUUUUUUUUUUGCUUUUAAGAGUAAUUGUUGUCAUUUUCCCAAGUGCAUGGAGACGUGAGAUCCUUUGAUAUAAUAACAUCUUGCAGUGGCAUAAAACCACACACUACAUCCAAGGAAGUAGAAGAUGGUUUAACACGAAGUAAAGAUACACAAGCAAACAUAGAUACAAGGAUAUACGUGGUUCGGUAUGAUUACCUACGUCCACGCGGUGAAAGGAUGAAUGUUAUUGUUUCUUUUCUUUGAUUACUAGUUGUUCUCUCCCUUCAAAUGAUGAAGCUCAAAAACUCGAGUAUGAUGCCUUCUUUUUCUCUCUCUCCACCUGCCUCUCUCUCUC